UUAGUAGAGAUGUGACAGAGCUUGGCCGAUUGUGCAACGGGACUGUUCCAAAUCUGUUCCUUCUGAUAUUGGAAGCUGUCCGUGUGUCAGUAAAUAGGGGGAGCACCGAGAAGAAAAUAACAGCUAUGAAGAACCUCGUUCUUUUCUUAUUUGUUUUCGUUGUUGGUCUUUGGGUGACUGAAGGACAGCGGGUAAUUAAUGAGUCAGUGGUGACUAAAGGACCGUCCGUGAAUAGUGAAGGACUGAGUGUGACAUUAGGGGACAAAGACCCGUCAGUAAGUAAUGUUUCAUCGGAGAAUGAGGAACAAGAAGAGAGUGUUGCAGGAUCAGACGAUGAAGGAGAGUCAGAGGGUGGAGAGGAAUCAGAGGGCGACGGACUCUCGGUGGAUGACGAGUCGUCGGAGGACGGUGAAGACGAGUCAGUGGAUGGAGAAGAGUCAGUGGAUGAAGAGGAGUUAGAGGGUGAAGACUCAAACAAUGGAGGAAUAUGGGUGGUUGACGACGACUCAGUGAACGAAAGCGAGUCACUGGACGGGGUCGAGUCACUGGAUGAAGUCGAGUCAGCGGAUGAAGACACGAACAAUGGAGGACUAUCAGUGGGUGACGAUGAGUCAGUAGACGAAGACGAGUCAGUGAACGAAGAGGAGACAGUGGACGGUGACGAGUCAGUGGAUGAAGUCGAGUCAGCGGAUGAAGACACGAACGAUGGAGGACUAUCAGUGGGUGACGACGAGUCAGUGGACGAAGACGAGUCAGCCGAUGAAGGAGAUUCCGAGAGUGAAGAUGAACCAGUGACUGAAAGUCCCUUACUGAAUAAUGGAACGUCGGUUUAUAACGAAACGCUUGAUUCUGGAAACUCAACAACAGAAGGAGAAAGUCUUGCUGUGAGGAGAAGUCGGGGAUUAUGUCGAGUGAGAUGUUAUAAAACCGUGACCUACAAAAAGUCCCGAAGAAGCUGGUGUUGGUUCUUGAGACGGUGUACAAAAUACAGGACGGCUUUCAGGAGAAUUCGUACAACCUGUCUCAGAUGCUGUAGAGGAUGGAUCGGCACGCCUGGAAGGUGCAAAGGUAAGAAUAUGUUUUCAGUACUGUCCAGAUGUAAUCUGUGGAUAAGGCCUAAUUUUUUUUUUAUAUAUAUUUUAUAUCUUAUAUCCAAAUAUAAUGACCAAUAGCCUCGUUUGAAAUUU